UAAUUUUGUUUGCGCCGAAAUGGUUUCUAAUUUUCUAGAUCUAUUCUGAUCGCAUUGUCUGUUAUAAUAAUGAGGGUUAAACCAUGUAUUUUGCAACAUCUUCACCUGGACAAGACGUACGGCAUGCUGACAGGGAAAAAUGUCCGAACAUUGAUGGAGUAUUUCGAUCUGAUAGAUGUCCAUCAAGAUGGAUCAAUAAACGACAUCCAGUUUUGCUUGGUUCUCGGAGCCAUGACAGACUUGAAAAGAAAUCAGAUCUACAUCGUCUUUGAUAUGCUCGACAUUGAUGGUUCCGGUCAGAUUGAUUUCGAUGAGUUUUAUCUUCUGAUCUGUAUUCUCAUCUCACUUAAGGACAAAGAUGAGAAGCAGUUCAUCUACCGUCAUUCCCGAACCGUGUUCGAGCUCCUGGACGAGGACGGGUCACAAAGCAUCUCAGCUCAAGAAUUCUCAGCUUUCGGCUUCCUCUUCAAUUUCUACGGUGAUGCCGUCAAGCAGAUCUUUAAUGACUUCGACAUAUCGGGCGAUCAGGAACUAGACUACAAAGAGUUCAAGAUGUUUGCUAUGGCCUGCAUUGAUCGCCAGAAUGAGAUUGAUCGUCUUAAACGUGAGGAAAUAGAGCGUCAGAAGAGGAGACGAGAAGCUAAGGCGUUAAAACGACUGGCUGCAGGAGGCGGAACGUGGGCGUGGCUCCGCACAUCUUCAUGUACUAUCGUGUGACUCCGCAUUCAGUGGGGUUUCGUGGCGUAGGGUAGAUCCAGCUCACCUAAUGCAUUGACUACUAAAUUCAUUCAUUGCCAUAGGCUUAAUACAGGUGCCACCCGGUUCUAGUAGGCAAUGAGUUAAUUGAGGGGGCUUUAGAGAAGAGGAAGGCUGGCAUCAGUAUGAGA